UCAAAACUUUUCAGAACACACCCCUUUAUGUUCAGUGAUGUAAAGUGGGUGGAGCCACAAACAUCUUGUCCUCUCUCUGGAAGCAUCAGUUGAUUACACAGAUGACCACCGACAUGGCAGCUGACCAGAGAAAAGAACCUGGUGUUGUGAUUAAAGAUGGCUGGACAGGUUACAGUUUGGAGUUGUUUAAUUAUCCUGAGCAUUACAAGGGGGAUCUGGAGUGUGUGUACAUCCCUCAUGGAGUCAUCAUGAACAGGAUUGAGUGUCUGGCCAGAGACAUCCUUGAGGACAUCGGACAUCAUGACAUGAUGGUUCUGUGUGUCCUGAAGGGUGGAUACAAGUUCUGUUCGGACCUGGUGGAGUCCAUCAAAGCUCAGAGCCGCAGCACCAACCGUAGGCUGACCACCAGGGUGGAGUUCAUCCGCUUCAAGAGCUAUCUGAAUGACCAGUCCACUGAAGAUCUGCAUAUUAUCGGACCAGACGACCUCUCCAUGCUGAAAGGGAAGAACGUCUUGAUUGUGGAGGCAAUAGUGGACACAGGAAAGACCAUGAGAGCCCUUCUGCAGCACGUGGAGACUUUCCAGCCCAAGUUGGUUAAAGUAGCAGGGCUCCUGGUGAAGAGGGUUCCUCAUGGCGCGGCAGAGCUUCCAGACUAUGUUGGAUUUGUCAUUCCCAAUCGCUUUGUGGUGGGUUAUGCUCUAGACUACAAUGAGUACUUCAGGGACCUCAAUCACAUCUGUGUCAUCAGUGAGACGGGGAAGCAGAAAUAUAAAGUGUGACGAAGCUCCCUUCAAGAGGAAUGGACAUUUAUAUUACCGUAACAGAUGAAAAACUCGCACUGACAUAAGAUUACUAUGUUCUCCAAUCAGGGAUCUGAUAUCUGUAACUGACAUGCUCAAUUACGUUUGAAAUAUUAUAUAAUUUGUUUUGCAUGUAUUGGGUAAAGUCACAUCGCAAUACUAAAACAUGAUAUGAUGUGGAAAA